GUGACCACUUCACCUCAUUAUAGCUAGCCAACAAUGCUGAUCCUCGCCAGAAUGACCAAAGCUCUUGUCCAAGUCACUUGCACUCUAUAUUUACCGCCAGCUUCAUAACGAAUCACUUUUGAUUUCAAUAAGCAGAUUUCACGUUAUCACUUCCAAUUGAAGACGCUUUUUUGAGGACCUCAUAUUGAAUCGACAGAUAUUUUUUUGUCUGGCAAGCUGAGACACAAUCUGAUGGAUGCUUUGGACAAUUUUUAAUUUUAAAGAACUCUACACUUUAUGGAUGUGAAGUUAAAUAUAUAUAUAUAUAUGUGGAUUACAGUAACUGCGAACAAACUUCAAGGUCUCAUACCAAGGCAUCAAAACCACUGAAGGACACUGCGGCGUAGUUGACCCAUCUGAAAUGUUCCUCUCCGGCUUGUGCAAUCAGUGACGAAGCUAAAAAUGGCAACUUCCUGGACGUCAACUCAGCCUCCUACAAAGACCAUGCUCAUCAGCUACCGCACGGACAACAACACAACGUUGCUGACGGACACUGGCGCUGAUGGUGGAUUGCAUGUUGAACACAGCUGGCCUGUGCUGCUUCUUGUACCCAUAAUUCUUUGCACCAUUGUUGGAAACCUCUUGGUAUGCUUGGCCAUUAGCAAGGAUCAUAAGCUACAAAACCUGACCAAUCUUUUCCUCUUCUCAAUGGCCAUGGCCGAUCUCUUGGUGGCGCUACUCGUCAUGCCUUUCGGACUUGCAAAGGACUUACUAGGACACUGGUCGAUGGGCCUAGUCAUGUGCAACAUCUGGUCCACCAUGGAUGUCUUCUGCUGCACUUCGUCCAUACUGCACAUGUGCACGGUCAGUAUUGACCGCUACCUCGCGAUCAGUGACCCUCUGAGGAACAAACGCCAGCCAAGAACUCGACGAGGCAUCAUCAUCAAGAUCUGCAUUGUUUGGGCCUGUGCAGCAGGACUGUCCAGUCCGCUUUGUAUCAUGGGUUUCCUUCAACCUGAAACAGUCCUGAACAACGGCCAAUGUGCUGUGACCAACAUCCACUUCAUGAUCUAUGGAUCGGUUGUAGCGUUCUUCAUCCCACUGUGCAUCGUUAUCAUCACUUACAGUCUCACAACGUACACUCUUUACAAGAAGAUGAAACUCUGUGUAGGUGAGGAUACUGAAGAGAGCCAAAACAAAGACAAGCAAAAGACCUAUCCCAGGUUCAUUCUUCAGGUUUCCAAAAAGAACGGCUUUGAGCCUGUUUCAGUCAAAGACACCAAAUGCGAUUCUUCAAGUCUUGAGAGCUUGCCAACCCAUAAAGAAUGUCACCUGUCCCAAACAUCUCUUGCAUCAGUCAAUGGUGAUGGCAGCAUUCGCAAGCUGAAUGUAUCUAAUCUCAGUCUUCGGCGGACUAUGUCGCAUCAAAGCCGUAACGGCAUGAAGCGGCUGAACACCGAGCAGCGGGCCAGCAAGGUCCUUGGACUCGUCUUUGCCGCCUUCGUCGUGGGAUGGACACCAUUUUUUGUGGCGAACAUCACCUGUGCGAUCUGUCCUAAUUGUGCAAUUGAUGUAACUGUAUUUACAAUCUGUACAUGGAUUGGUUGGGCAUCCAGCAUGGUGAACCCGUUUAUCUACACAGCAUUCAACGUCCGAUUUAGGCAAGCAUUCAUCAAGAUAUUAUCUUGCAAUAAAUAUUACUCCAUUCUCAAGAGAAACUCUUCUAAUAACUCUGAUAAAGACAGAGAAAGGGGUCCGAACAGAAGCAUCCCCAUGCGGCGGAAGUUUGUUGCGUACGAUGGAAGCAUUGACCGACAUGGCAACAAGCUUUGGUCAUUGCCAGAGGCUUCCCAGUGACAACAUUGAUACACCACAGAACAUUAAUCUUGGACUGGUGCUGAAAGUCUGUGAUCUUUGACAUGUGCUGAAAGUUCUUUACUGAAAUAAAAUGUGUUUGUUUAACAAAGGCAAGAUGAACAGGACUCAGGCUUGGAUGACUGAACAAUACAAAUACUCAAAAUAAUGGAUAUUUUUGCCUGAAGAAUCCUUAAGUUUUAUAUAUACAUUUAUUUAUCGAUUGAGUAUAUGGUCUUGUGUGUAUUAGACCUACAUCUUAUGUUUUAAAAAAGAAAAGGCAUUUCGAUAUGUGACAGAAAUAUAAUUAUGGUUUGGUUUUGAUGAUUAAAAAAACAAGGGGAGCGACGAUUAAAGAAACAAUUAACUUUUGAGGAGCUACAAGUUGGAUAUUCACACUAUCAUGGGACACAGAAUAUAUUUACUCUUCUUAAGAUUAUUCACUAACUGCUAAAAUUAUUUGUAAGAAGCUACAGGCAAAUCAACUUGUAUUAUUUGCAUCUCAUAUAAGAAUUGAUCUCAAUUGUUCAUGAAUCAUCACUGACUUUGCCUUGAAUUUAUUUGAUUUAUAUUUAUCAUAUUUUCAUCAAAUCUUUUAUGAAAAACACAUUUCUUGAACACAUUUGAUAAUAACCAAUUGU